GCAGCCGUCGAGGCAGUUCGGGAGUUUGUUGCAUCCAUGAACCCCUGGGCAACCGAUCUUCUUCCCGCAAUUCUUCAUGAAAUCAAAAUUGCCGGUAAAUGGCAAGUGAAGACUGGUUCCCUUAUUGUCCUGAACCAGAUCGUUGUGUCUGCACCCCUCCAAACCGCUAAUCCUGUCGAAGAGGUGCCAAACAUCAUUCAGCUCCUCUCGGCUACUACAUUCGUUUCUGAAGUAGAC